AUGAAGACUUCGGCGGCGCUCAGAGGCCUGCGCCUCAGGCAGGCCAGGUUUGCGGCCAGGACUCAGGCAAGGAACGAGAAUGCCGCGCUGACAGAUCGUGACAGCCGUCCAUUCUCCUCAUCACCCCUCCACAGUGCAGACUCUUCGUCCGAGCUCGAAGGCCUCAACAAGGUCUCGCGACAUGUCACGCAGCCGAAAUCCCAGGGCGCUUCGCAAGCAAUGCUCUACGCCACGGGCAUGAGCGAGACGGACAUGAACAAACCGCAGGUCGGCAUCUCGUCGGUCUGGUACAGCGGCAAUCCGUGCAACAUGCACCUGUUGGACCUGUCGAACGUGGUGAAGAAAGGCGUGGCAGACGCAGGGCUACAGCCCAUGCAGUUCAACACGGUCGGCGUGUCGGAUGCAAUAUCCAUGGGCACGACGGGGAUGCGGUACAGUCUGCAGUCACGAGAGAUCAUUGCCGACUCGAUAGAAACGGUCAUGCAGGGCCAGUGGUACGACGCAAACAUCUCAAUCCCGGGCUGCGACAAGAACAUGCCGGGCGUGGUGAUGGCGAUGGGAAGAGUCAACAGGCCGUCCAUCAUGGUCUACGGGGGCUCCAUAGCGCCCGGGUGCGCCAGGACGCAGAACAACGCCGACAUCGACGUGGUGUCGGCCUUCCAGGCCUAUGGGCAGUUUAUCGCCGGCGAAAUCAACGAGGAGCAGCGGUUCGACAUCAUCCGGAACGCGAUCCCCGCGUGCGGCGCCUGUGGCGGCAUGUACACUGCCAACACGAUGGCGUCGGCCAUUGAAACCUUGGGGAUGACACUGCCGGGCAGUGCGUCCAACCCCGCCGUGUCCCGGGAGAAGGAACUCGAGUGUCUGGCCGCUGGGGGGGCCAUCAAGAAUGCCCUCAAGCUGGACCUUCGGCCGCGAGACAUCAUGACCCGCCAGGCAUUCGAAGAUGCCAUGACCGUGAUCAUGAUCACGGGCGGCUCGACCAACGCAGUCCUCCACUUGAUCGCCAUGGCCGACGCGGUGGGCAUCAAGCUCACCAUCGACGACUUCCAGGCCGUCAGCGACAGAACGCCCUUCCUCUCGGACCUGAAGCCCAGCGGCAAAUACGUGUUCAACGACCUGCACCGCAUCGGCGGCAUCCCCACCUUACUCAAAUUCCUCAUCAAAGAAGGUGUCGUCAAGGGCACACACACCACCAUAACGGGGCAGACGUUGGCCAAGAAUGUCGAAUCCGCACCCGACUUCCCUUCCGACCAGACCAUCAUCAAACCGUUCUCCAACCCCAUCAAGGAGACGGGCCACAUCCAGAUCCUGCGCGGCAGCCUCGCGCCCGGCGGGAGUGUCGGCAAAAUCACGGGCAAAGAAGGCCUGCGCUUCCGAGGCAAAGCCAAAGUCUACGACGCAGAGGACCUGUUCAUCCAAGCCCUGGAGCGCGGGGACAUCAAAAAGGGCGAGAAAACGGUCGUCGUGAUUCGGUACGAAGGCCCCAAAGGCGGUCCGGGGAUGCCUGAGAUGCUGAAACCCAGCUCGGCGAUCAUGGGCGCCGGAUUGGGCAAAGAUGUGGCGCUCAUCACGGACGGGCGGUUCAGCGGCGGCUCGCACGGCUUCUUGAUCGGGCAUAUCGUCCCCGAGGCCAUGGAGGGGGGUCCCGUAGGUCUGGUGCGCGACGGCGACGAAAUCAUCAUCGAUGCCGAGAAGCGCGUGCUGGACUUGAAUGUCAAUGAAGACACGUUGGCCAAGAGGCGAGAAGAGUGGAAUGCCAAUAAGCCCGCGCCGCGAUACACGAGGGGCGUGCUGGCAAAGUAUGCCAAGUUGGUGAGUGAUGCCAGUCACGGAUGUAUCACGGACAAGGAGGACGUGCUGGAUCUGCAUGCGUAG